AUGCGCUGGUUGUGCGUUUUGUCUCUGAUCGGUUUGGUGGCCGGAGUGGUUACGGUACAAGCGGUAUGUCCUGCUCAUACGUUCACAUGUGACGAUGGUUCUUGUAUACCGGAAGAUUGGGUUGGAGAUGGAGAAGCGGACUGUGAUGAUAGAUCCGACGAGACUGGACACGCAACCACUAAUCGAACGAAGGAAGUGGAUCCGUUCGAUGAAAUUGUGACGUUACCGACGCCGAACAAUCAACGAACCAGCAACGAACGACAUCCGAGCGAUGAAGCAUCGAAGGACUGCCCGUACGAACAUCAACUCCGAGUUGAUGAGUGCGCUGAACCAACUCUAUUGUUUUUACGCGAUGUGAACGCUAUCUACUUCGAGAACUCCAGUCUUCUAGCAGACAAAGAAACGCAGUCAAGAAUUGAAAAAGGUUGCGAAUUAAUGCAGGAGUACACGAUAUGUGCACAAGGAGUGUCGGCGGCUUGUCAUCCAGAUGAAGGUGUGCAAGCGUGGCGUGAGGUGGAAAUGUAUGCUUGCCAAUUACUAAUCCCUGCUGUACGUGAACAUCGUCAAUGCUUUGACAAAGCAAGGAAUCCUGGUUGUGAAGUGAAAUUUGAUCCGCAGGCAUCACCAUUUUGCCGUUUGGUCACCUCUGUCAUACAGGAUGUCAACUGCAUACAAAAGCAUCCCGAAAGUUGCUCGGAGGCGGCGCUUGAGAUGCUCGAGCCAAUCAUUGAAGAGUCGCGACAGAUCACAACAUCGCUCAGAUGUCGCGCCGUAAGCGAUGUCCCUGCGGUCGAAAAGACAGCCACAUCUGAAACUGCUGAGGAAGAAAUCACGCCUAGUGCCACAACGACGACAACCAUUCGUAGAGCAUCGCUGGUCACUUUGCCUCCUUCAUCAACGCAUAGAACGAUCGGACCAGUUGUCCAAGAAACACUGUCUGCACACGAACAGUCCACAACGAUAGAAAUGCCUGUGGAGAACAUCGGAAGGGAACUGAAAAUCAACAUGAGCGAUGCAGUGAACUCAAUGUAUUACAUAUAUGAUGUGUGCUCUGCUGAUUACUCUAAAUCGCCAUUCGCCGCGAUUGCUGCAAAGAUGUGUAAACGGCAAGACGAGAUCGCAAAGCACAGCGAUUGUUAUCAAACUACUUUGGAAAAAGAGAAAUGUGCAGCAAGAGAGGCUAAAACAGAAUGCGAAGCGCUUGAAGCAUUCAACGCCAAUCUGGAUUGUGCCAUUGUGACCAUGAAUGAUGUGUGUGAGGUAGAAGCACAAAAUGCGGUGAUCGAACUGCAAGAAGCGGUUAAUGACAUCAUUAUCGAACGAAAAUGUUUCGAACAACGCGAGAAAGCCGCCGCACCAAAAGAGCCAGUCGAUCCGGACGAGUUCCGACUUGACACGAAGAUGACACACUGUACUGAUGAACAAGAAAACGGCGCAUUGGCAUGUUUAGUGGAAUUGCUCGAGAUCAACAAGCAGUUGGCACAGUUCCAAAAUCUCAACUUUUUGCUUGAGAUAGCCAGCGAAAAUUCGAGUGUGGUGACGAAUAUUUGCGAACUGUACGGAAAAUAUGAGAAAUGUUUGCAAGCAAGUGUAUUUAAGGAUAACAAAAGAUGUGCUUUCGCUAGUCCACUGAAUACGCUUGCCAGGAUUGGCCUAGCUCCCAUCUGCUCAAUCGAUUCGAGGCCGUUGCUGUCCUCACAUCGUGACUGUCUUGUCAGGCUUGCAGCUGAAGCUACCGGCCAAUCCUCGAAUUGCCAGAGCGGACUAUCCGGACUGGGUCAAACUGUAAACAUGAUGCUGCAGGGAAUCCAUGGCGAAGCACUGCUAUGUAAGUCCUUCUAUUUGAUCCGUGACACUUUCGUUUGUGGCGAGAGGGCGGUUGAACAACAAUGCGAUGCUAAAGCACUCGAGGAUCUUGGGACGUUGAAGAAGCAAAUGAGUGAACUGGGCGAAGAAGAAGGCUGCCCCAAAGAACCACCAGCAAAUCUGGAUGCGAUCAUCGCACGACCUGUUAAACGGCCCACACCACCACCACUUCCACCACCAAGACGUCCUUCUGGUGCACCAAUGGCACGUCCAUUGAACACAGAGACGCCGUCUGAUGCUAGCACAAAAGUUCCGGAAGCGCCUAUGAGUCAAGAGCCAAUAAAUCCCAUGCAGUCAACGUCUUCUGCUGUUCCGCCCAUGGUACCCUCUCCGGCACCCGCCCAACAGCCAGCUGUUUGUACACCAGAGCAACAGAAGAAAUUCGAAGAAUGUGUUCGACCACUUACUGCUUUCCAACCACAUCCACUCUCGGUGAUCAAAAUUCCGCGACAAAUCGAUGAGGCCUGCGAGGAGUUCAAAAAAUUCCAGACAUGCGUUGCUGACGUCGAAUGUCAUCCACUAUGGGCUAAAGGCAUGACGGCUAUGUUUUCUUAUGCAUGUGGAGAAGGCAGUGAAGGAUACAAAAAGGUUCGACAAUGUCUUCGUAAAAUCUCCGCUGAGGAAACCGUGAAGGAGUGUGUCACAACGUUUUCACGAGGUGCUCCAACGCAAGCAUGUCUAUCUGCUAAUGCUUUAUUGACGUGUGCCAUUGCUCCUAUACAGACCGAAUGUGGUGAAGAGACAUCGGAAUGGGUUAUCAAGUACGUGACGAAGUUCGCUACAGCAAUUGAUCCACGAUGUAAAUUGGCCAGUCAACUACCGAUUGGAAAAGUGAUCGGCGUUGGUUGCACAGCCGAAGAAGAGGCCAUAAUUGAGCACUGUGCCGCUCCGUUGAACGACAUCGGGGCUCGAAUGGAAGAGUUAUUCCAAGGUGGUCUCCAGGCUAUGAUCAAAAAUGUCAAUAGCCUUGCUCCUGUCUUCGCCGGCGGUUGUAACUUGACAGACGAAUUCCGGCAAUGUGCUGCAUUCCUUCUUUCUGGAAGAACACCGUGCGUAGUUUCUUCGUGUAUGAUUCAUGCAGGAGAUGGUAUAUGCGAUCAACCUGACCCAACAAAGGCUAUUGAUGACAAUUUAAGCUGCGUCUUCGCGCAGGUCCAAGAGCCCUCAUUUGCUAAAUGUGUCCGCUCAACUCUCACCACUGUCAAACAAUUCACCCUGAGCUCAUUCCGCAACAUCCUGCCCAAAUUCGUCGAUUGUACCGAAGAAAUUGUUCGCGUAAAAUGUGGCGAGACUCCGAUUAAGGUACUUCGUGCAAUGUCAUCUCCAGACAUUUGUCCGGUAGGUCCCGCACCGAUAGUUCCCGUGAACAAAACUCCUCAACGAGUCGAACCACAACUUCCCACAUGUACCACCGAAAAACGAGAAUCAUUUGAUCAAUGCACACGACCAUUUUACACCAGAUAUCGUAUGCUGCCUGUUACGCUGAUUAACGAAAUGGAAAAUAUGGAUCAGGUUUGCUCGGAUGUCUCAAUCAUGGAUGGUUGCUCAAUAUCUACUAGGAUCUGCUCUUCGGCGGAGCAAACGGCGCUGAAGAAGAUGAUCGAGCAGUUGUGCGCAUCGAGACAAGCGUUUGAUCACUACAAGAUCUGCUUAAAAACUGUUGCAAGCAGCCCACAGGGUACCUCGUGCAUGUCCGAGUUUAUGUCAUCAACUCCCGGAACUCGAUGUUCCUCUCUACAGAACGCAGCCACGUGCAUGGCUAAACAGGUCCGUGACGCAUGCGGUGAGGAUGCGUUGACGUACGCAUUCGCAGCGAUGAACGACUACGCCAAAAUGAUGGAUGGUCGAUGCAGGGUUGACAAACCGUCAGUGUCGAUCGCCACUGGAUGCUCUGAGCAGGACAUGGUCGCAUAUCUGUCAUGCGAAAGCUCAAUCGAUCCAUUCAGCUUCCGACCAGUCUCUAUUAUUGGCGAUGGUACUAAAUGGGACGAAAUGUGCACAGCAUUCACAACCUCAUAUAAACCUUGUGUGGAGAAGAUGACUUGUCGAUUUGAACCCGUCUCAACAGCAAAUAUGCAGUUGUUUGAUGGCAUCUGCAACAGACCAUUGACACUUCGAGACCAAAAGUCAUACGGAAAAUGUCUGUCCGACUACACUAAUACGGCAGCCGGUCAGAAAUGUAUUGCUGCAAUGGCUGAAGUGGAUCCAAUGGCUGUUGAUGCUCCAAGCCAAAUGUGUAAAGUGUUGAAUUCGGUGCUCCAAUGUGCUGGCAGCGACAUCGAGAAGGAAUGUGGAUACGAUGCACUGUUGCACGUUUACGAGCAACACACAUUAUGGGCACAAUCAUACAAUAAGAGCUGCGUUGUCCAAUCUCCAGAACCUAAGUCCGUUCCAUUUAACACACUGGACCAAUCGAAAGAUGUGGAACCUCAGCAUGUGACACGAGACGAGACGACGCCACCACUCCAGAAGGACAUCUCUCCAAUCGUUAUUGGUGUAGAUGUAACCGAUAUAACGACAACACCACCGCUUCUCGAAACCACAACAACAAUGAUGAUGACCGACGCACCGGAAACCACCGCAACACAUCCGAAAGACAUUACUACACCAUCGGUCAAAGGUUCAUCGACGUCGGUGCUCAGUAUCAUACUGGUAUUCUUCAUCACUUUGCGACUGUUCUAA